AAGGACAACUUUGGUACAUAAAAAACACUAGUACGUUAGAUUGGGCGUGGUUUGUGUUGCAGUGAUGCGCACAGACGAUCACACCUUCCACACAGAGUACUUGACACAGGACUGGCACUGGGAUGUGGACUCGAAAUCAACACAUGCCAAAUUAUCUGAUUCGAACCUCUCAUGCUACUUCUUCUCAGAUCCACUAGCAGACAGUAACAGUUCUGGAGGAGUAUGUGGUUCAAAAGGAUUUCACCAUGGGGAGCAUUACUGGGAGGUGGUGUUCACUGAAGCUCUGCAGGGCAAGACUUUAAGGAUUGGUGUCGCAACAGCCAAUUCUUACUACCAACUAAGUCAUAAGAAAUUCUUAGGUUCUGAUGGUGAGAGCUGGGGACUGUGUUAUAAGGGUACCAGCUGGCACAGGGGUGUAAGCAAGCAAUAUUGUAAUCCAUUCUAUGAAGCGAACACCGUCAUCGGAUGUCACCUUAACCUUUACAAAGGCACGCUAUCCUUCUACAAGAACGGGAUGCUGCUAGGCGUGGCAUUCACGGGGCUGGACUCCGCCGCGGGCGACCUCUUUCCCGUCGUCUGCUCCGCCGUGGCCGAGAACGAGUUGGAGCUAUGUCAUCGCAGCUGCCGCUUCAUCUCACUGCAGGAGCAGUGCUGCAUGAAGAUUCUGAAGUGCUUGCAGUGUAGAGGCAACGCGGGCGAGUUGCCCUUGCCCGCACUGCUAGGGAGGAGGCUGAACGAGAUGUGACUAACGUACGGGUGUAUGCCACGUAGUUCCUUGUGCGUAUGUGCAUUUACUGUGAUAUUUUUCUACGGGAACUUAAAAACGUGCGCUGUGGGAAAUUAGUCAUCGAAAGACGUGGCUGGUAGAGUGCUGGUGUUUCAUCAGAUGGAACGUCGCAUGGUUACAAAUUUUGUAGUGCUUUUCUUGAAGUAGGGAGAUAUUGAUAACACUAGAUGGUUCUAUUUUACCCGAGUGCUAGAGAUUGUUGGGAGUGAGGCUUAUCUUGCAAUAUGACUGGGGGUUGGUAUCUCUUCUCCAUAGAUCUCCAUCUUAAAUCGUGAACUUGUUUGAAAAUGCUGUUGGUAGGAUUUUGACCGAGAACGAUUCAUCACGAUUUCGUUUUCAUAGUAGUGGCAAGGUUUACAUUUAGUUGGGUGGAUGUAUUUUUGUAUGAAAUGAAUUUUUAUAAUAUAUAUGUUUAACAUUACAACAUUUAUCUGUAUAGCUUGCUAUAGUUUAUGCAUUAAUCAGACCUAACUGAGUAAAUGUGAUUUCUCAGGUGUACAUAAAACUAAUUAAUAAAAACGUGUCAAAAAUUAAA